CACUCUGGAUUUGAUAAGGAUGUGAGGAAGAAUAAGUCAGCAGGACACUUCCCUUUGGAGCACCAAACAAACCAAAGAGAAAGGACACACUACUUCUUGUAAGAACAUCACACGUAGCAAUGAAAUGGAGCAGGAGUCAAUUCUAGAGGAGCUUCUUUUAAAGAAGUCACAACAGAAGAAAAAAAUUUCUCCCAAUAAUUACAAAGAACGACUGUUUGUUCUCACCAAAACAAGCCUUUCUUACUAUGAAUAUGAUAAAGAGAAAAAAGGAAGCAAAAAAGGAUCGAUUGACAUUAAGAAAAUUCGAUGUGUUGAGAGAGUGAAUCAUGAACAACAGGUGCCAUUGGAGCGACAAUAUCCAUUUCAGAUUGUAUAUAAGGAUGGCCUUCUCUAUGUUUAUGCAGCAAAUGAAGAGAGCCGAACUCAAUGGGUAAAUGCAUUACAUAAAGAGAUCAAAGACAAUCCUGGUUUACUAAACAAGUAUCACAAAGGAUUCUUCGCCAGUGGGAAGUUCCUUUGCUGCAACCAGACCUGUAAAGCAGCCCCUGGAUGUACUAUUUGGGAAAAAUUUAUAGAUGUGAGUCUGUAUAGCCCAACCAGCUUAACCAGCCCAACCAGCUGUGUGAAACCACUGCCUCCUGUUCCUGCGAAACCGAAGCUGAAGCAUGACAGUCUGCCUCCAGUUCUAGCACCUGGUAAAACAUGGCUGAAGAUCACUGUGGCAGAAUAUGAUUAUGAACCCAAAGGAAACUCUGACAUCCAGCUUGUCAGGGAUAGCAAGUACUAUGUUCUGAAAGAAGAGGAUCCUGAGUGGUGGCAAGUUAGAGACCUGCAAGGGAAUGAAGGCUUCGCACCAAGUACCUACCUGAAAGAGAUUUCCUUGGAUGAUGAUGAACCUGGAUUUGAAAAUGAAGCAUCUUGUAAGAGUUUUUCAUCAGUCUGUGUUGCCAAACAGUUAUUCAGAAACCGUGCUGUAAACAAUAUUUCUUGCUGCAGUUGGUAUGCAGGUGAUCUCUCCAGGGCCCAGUCAGAGCAACUCCUGCGACAGAAGGGGAAAGAAGGUGCUUUUAUGGUUCGAAAUUCAAGCCGCAUGGGAAAGUACACAGUGUCUGUAUUCAGCAAAGCUCUGGAAGAAAAAAAAGGAACUGUCAAACACUACCACGUGAACACGAACCAUGAAAACAAAUAUUAUCUGGCUGAAAAUUAUUGUUUUGAUUCCGUUCCCCAGCUCAUUCACUAUCAUCAGCAUAACUCAGCAGGUAUUAUUACCAGGCUUCGACAUGCUGUGACUACGAAAGUAAAUAAGGUCCCAUCCACAGCCUCCUUGGGAAAUGGGAUCUGGGAGCUGAAACGAGAAGAAAUCGUCCUGCUCAAGGAAUUAGGAAGUGGCCAGUUCGGAGUGGUGCAGAUGGGAAAAUGGAAAGGAAAGUAUGAUGUUGCCAUUAAGAUGAUUAAAGAAGGAUCAAUGUCAGAAGAUGAAUUCAUAGAGGAAGCUCACACCAUGAUGAAACUUAACCAUCCCAAACUUGUUAAGCUCUAUGGAGUUUGCACAAAGACCUAUCCCAUCUACAUAGUAUCUGAAUAUAUGGCUAAUGGCUGCUUGCUUCACUACUUGAAGAGUCAUGGCAAGGAGCUGCAACCCUUUCAGUUGCUGGAAAUGUGUUAUAACAUUUGUGAAGCUAUGUCCUUCUUAGAGAGUCAGCAGUUCAUUCAUCGAGACUUGGCUGCUAGGAACUGCUUGGUUGAUAGUGAUCUUACCGUGAAGGUGUCUGACUUUGGGAUGGCGAGGUAUGUUCUGGAUGACCUGUAUAUAAGCUCGUUAGGAUCUAAGUUUCCAGUGAAGUGGUCAGCACCAGAAGUUUUCCAUUAUACCAAGUUUAGCAGCAAAUCAGAUGUAUGGGCCUUUGGGAUCUUAAUGUGGGAAGUGUUCACUCUGGGAAAGCAACCCUAUGAACUGUAUGAAAAUAUCCAAGUGAUUGAGAAAGUUUCUGAGGGAUAUCGGCUUUACCGACCACAACUCACCUCAGAGACCAUCUACGAGAUAAUGUACAGCUGCUGGCAUGAGCUUCCAGAGAAGCGCCCCACAUUUCAUCAGCUACUAUCAAUUCUUGAGACACUCAGAGAAGAUGACAAGCCUUAAAGAUAAAUUCUCAUCAUGUGGCUUUGAACACUGGUUGAGCAUUUUGACAACAUAAAGAAGUAAACUUCCUCCAGUGGUGACUUUGUACCAGCUGAAAGAAGAGUAUAGAAAUGUAUUCCUAGUGCUGUUAGUAUGACCCCCCAUUGUACUUCACAGCAGUGAAAUAUCCAGCAAUAAUGUACACUCGGUCAAGGUUUGUAGUGAGGGUUUUUCAGGUCACAGCAGGUUUUUAUUAAUCUUUAUUUGGAAAAUGCAAAUGUAGGCAAUAUAAGCAUAAUAUGUUUUCCCAUUAUCCUAUCAGAGCCCAGGGUAUUAUCUGUUAUGUAAGCCUGAGGUUGGUAUUAUGGAUCAGAUUCAUACCUGUGCAAGUAGCUGCAACUCCAGUGGCAUUAAUGUGAAUGCUAUUGCCAGUGAAACAACAUAACAGUUCAGGGCCAGAUUCAGUUCAUCGGAGUCCUGGGAGUCUCUCCAUUGACUAGUACAUAUUGGACUGGGCCUUCAUGACAUAGAUUUGAUUUAUUGUUCAUUCUAAACUAGACCUGUGUGACAUUUGAAAUACAAUUAUGGGCUAAUGUUGGCAGUGAUAUGUUCAGAUUCCCUAUUUAAUCCCUGAUAAUGCAAAACUAUCCUCAUGUAGAAAUUCCACAACUCUUAAACCGGUCUGUUGAAACAUACAUAUUGGAAUUACAAGGCAAUUUACCUGAAAAAGCCAUCACAGUUUGAAAUGUUAAUAACAUAAUGGUCUGACUAAAAAAUUUCAAAUUGCAGUGCUUGAAAUUUGGCUCUUAAAUCCAUAUUUGGACACUUAAAUAGAUGGGUUUGACUUUUCAAAGGUGCUAAGCAACUGUAGCUCCCACUGACUUCAGUGUUGGCAUUGCUUAGCACCCAUAGGUGCCUACUCCAUGGGUGCUCUGGGGAUGGAGCAGCCAGGGGAAACAUAGUGGAUACUCAGCAUCCUCCAGACCAAGCUGUUUGGCAGCACCCCCAAUCUGCUAAUCCAGGGCGCUGCCAAAGAGCUGAUGGGGGAUGGUGCCAAACAGUUAUCUGGCAGGUAAGGAGGAGGGUGAAGAGCAGCAGGGCCUCGGAGAGGGAGUAGAAAGUGGUGGAGUGAGGGCAAGGCCCUCCAGAUAGGUGGAGUGAGAGUGAGGCAUCGGCAGAGGAGGCGGCGUAAGAAGAGGCAGGGUGAAGGUGGAGUCUUUGGGGGUGGGCUGGAGAAUGGGCAGGCCUCAGGGAAGAGAGGUAGUGCAGCACCUCUGGGGAAAAGUAAAAGUGGUGCCUAUGUCAGCACCUCUGAAAAUGAGGCCACUUCUAUGCAAAUGUUUAAAUAUAAAUCUAGGAGCCUAACCUUAGGCACCUGGGUUUGCCAAUUUUGACCUAUUUUCAUUUAUAUACAUGCUGAAAAAUUUUGAAUAGUGUUUUAUUCAGAGUUUUUUUUAAUUCUCCUUUUUGAAAUUAAAAAGUUUGUCUUAAUGGAAGUUUUUAUAAUAAUAAUAAUAAUUAUGGCUCGGUGAGGGAAUGGCACAUUGAAUUAUAUGUAUUCAACUGUUUGUCUUGCCACCUUUCUUGAUAUUUUUAAAGGAGUAGAAAGAACAUACAGAAAGAAUAUGUAUAUUUAAGUCAGACCGAAGUACUAAUGCUGAGGAUGCUUUGGCAAUGAGAUGACAGUGGGAAACAGGCACAUGAGAGAAAAAGAUGCUCAUUAACAAAAAUUCCUGUCUGAUGUAUUAGGAACUAGCCAGUAAUCUCUUCAUAGCCGUGUUUUAUCCUUUUCUCUGUAAUAUCCGGUACAGACUGUGAAGUGUUGCUUAAGACAAAUGAAGAUGGUUGAUUUUAACUGAGCUUUCCUUACAGGCCUUGCCCUUGUUUUCAGUUUCAUUUUAAAUUGCUUUUUUAAAUUGCUUGAAUCAUUUUGAAGCCUAGUACAUAUAAGAGUCAUUCGUGAACUUUUUCUAUAUGUCCUUAACUAAUGUUUGCUGUUAGUCUUUCUCUUGUUAAUAUCAAAUGUUAUGGUUAUAGAUAUAGGAGCCACUUUGAUCAUGUUCAGAGGAGACUUUAAUUAGUACUUUGGAUGGAACUCCAAACCUAUACGAGGCAGCAUUAUUUGAGUUUGACAAACCUAAGUGGAGCAUUGCAAAGUUGAUUUGGCUAUUGUCUGUAUCAGAACCCUGUAACUUUGCAUCUAAAUGCAAACAUCACACAUCCCAAAGUACAAGUUUACCAGAGUUUUGUGGUGAGUGUCUUCCUGCACCUAUAUGUAAUAAGACUUCCCAAGACAUUUGGGACUUGAAAAUGAACACAUUUCUUAGCUGCAAGUGAUGAACAGAUGCUGAGAGUGUUAUUUUUAGCCUACACCUCUUAUUCUGCAUUGUCAAUUGAAUUAUUGCCUGGCAUUUUGUGACAUUACAGCAUGAAGGGAACACCGCAUGCUUAGUUGCUUUCUUGUUUGCAUAACAUUUGUUUGUUGAUCUAAAUGAAAAAUAGAACAAGUUACCCAGGAGGGUAGGAAGGUGCAAAACACACAUAGCAAUCAAAAAGAGAAUUCAGACACUACCAAUAAUAGAUGAUAGACUCCCCUAUUAAAUAUAGUGAAAUAUGCACACAUAAUAUGAAAUUAUUAGUAAGCAUGCUUGUGUGGGUAUGCAUGCACAAUUUUGUUUUAGUAGCAAGGCACUGUCAGCUGCAUUAAUGACAUCUAACUAGAGAGAUAUAGGAUUUUAACUGAGUCAGGUGUGCUGUUUCAUGGACAUAUUCAUAAAACUGAAAAAAAACACUCAAUGUUCUGUGAUUUCAUUAUUAAAACAAGUCAAGGUCUACUAGAUCAGCAGUUCUCAAACAGGUGUCCACUGCACAGGGCUGAAACCCAGGGACUCAAGCCCUACCACCAUGGAGUGAAGGCAAAGCCUGAGCAACAUAGCUGUGCAGGGCCUGCGUGGUGUGGGCUCCCAGGUAAUUGCCCUGCAUGCUACCUCCUAAUGCUGGCCUUGGCACUCAUAUGGAGAAAAACAGUUGUGGCACUGGGGGCCAUGGAGCUUUUAUAGCAUGUUUGGAGGAGCCUCAAAAAGAGAGAAGUUGUGAGCCUCUGUCCUAGAUUAAAUCCCGGUUCCACAUUAAUGGAAAAUACCCAUAAACUUAUAUGGGAUUGAGGCAGGAAAGAGCCACUUUAAGCACUUCUCUGCUCAGAGGUGCUGGCUUCCUCUGGGCCCCUGGGGUGCUCAACUCCCCACGGUCCCACCCAUACCCUGCCUCUUCCAUCAAUUCCACUCCCUCCUCUGUACAUGUCCGCUUCCCCCUCCUCCUGCUCCCCUCCUCACCCGUCCCCUCAGCACCUCCUGCACACUCUGAAAGAGUUGAUCACAGGGAAGGGGCAGGAGAGACUGGAGAGGAAGGGUGAGCUGGCUGCCUUAGGGUGCCUAGAACCCACCAUUUUUUUUCUGGAGCACCCACCGAGUCAGCACCUAAGUUUCUGCUCU